CAAUAUGAUGGAUAUUCUCACAACACCAUCAAUGUCUAAACCUAAGCAAGAUUAUUCAAGAACUCCAGGACAAGUCUUAUCUCUCAUCAGUUCUUUGGGAUUUUUCACACCAGUUGGAGAAAAAGAUCAAGACUCUGCAAGCAUGUUUUCAGCCCCUAAGUCUGAAGCACAACUUUCUCGAGGAUUAAUUUGUCCUAUGUCUGUAGAUCAGAAGGAGCCUACUUCUUAUUCUAGCAAACUGCUAAAAUCAUGUUUUGAAACCCUUUCAUCCAAUCCAGAAAUACCUGUGAAAUGUCUGACUUCUAAUCUACUCCAGUGUAGAAAAAGACUGGGUACCUCAAGUACUAGUAGCCAGUCUCAUACCUUCGUAUCCAGUGUGGGGUCAGAACGCCACAGCAAUCCCAAACGGGAAAGAGACUGCCAGAGUACCGAAUCAUCAGGCUGUACAGUGAGCUGGAAUGCAAGAUCUACAAGUGCCAUCAAGACAAAAACAGAGCUGGAAUUAGCACUUUCUCCCAUUCAUGACAGCAGUGCCAUUCCUGCUGCUGGAAGCAACCAGGUGACCCUCCCUAGAAAACGCUGCAGGGAAAUCUCUUGGGAAGCAAGGGACCCAGAUAUACAUAGUGAGAACAUGACCAUUGACAAGGGACAGUCUGGUUUCUGUCAGUCCAGUCAGUGGUCUGUAAAUUCUAGUGCUACAUCUGAAGAACACCUUGGUAAAAGAAAUUAUAAAAGAAAUUUCCACUUGGUUGACUCCAGUCCUUGUCAGGAAAUUAUGCAAAGUAAAAAAAACUGUACAGAGUAUGAGGCCAAUAAGGAAAGGCCAGGCUGCCGUGCAAAUCAAAGUACAGGCUUGACAACCGAAGUCCAGAACCUGAAGCUAUCAGGGUGUGAAAGUCAGCAACUUGACUAUGCCAAUAAGGAGAACAUUGUCACCUAUUUAAGUGACAGACAAACCCCAGAAAAACUGCAUAUACCAACGAUAGCAAAGAACCUUAUGUCUGAACUAGAUGAAGACUGUGAGCUGACCAGUAAAAAGGACUGCCUCAGUUCUAAUUCUGUAUGUUCUGAUGAGGAUAAAGCUCUUAAAACGGCCUGUGUGGAUUCUGAUUCAUCUUUUCCUGGAGUGUCUAUGAUGGAAAGUUCACUGGAAAUUCAGGCCUUAGAACCAGAUAAAAGCAUCAGAGACUACUCUUUUGAAGAACCACAUACUGAAGAUCUAUUUAUGUUGCCAAAAUGCCAAGAAAAUUCCUUGCCAACAGAUGACUGCCCUGCUUCUCUCCGAGACAGUGACCAGAUGUUAGCUCAUCCCUCCAAGGCGCCCAAAGCAGUAACCUCGAAGAUCAACGUCGUGGCUUUUCGAAGUUUUAACAGUCACAUUAAUGCAUCUACUAAUUCAGAACCAUCCAAGAUGAGCAUAACUUCUUUAGAUGCUAUGGACAUUUCUUGUGAUUACAGUGGUUCAUAUCCCAUGGCUGUGACCCCUACUGAGAAAGGAAGGCACUAUAUGUCACAUCAGACUCCAAAUCAGGUCAAGUUGGGAACAUCAUACAGAACUCCAAAGAGUGUGAGAAGAGGGGCAGCCCCAGUAGAUGAUGGGCGAAUUCUAGGAACUCCAGAUUACCUGGCACCUGAGCUCUUACUGGGUACAGCCCAUGCACCUCUCCCCUACCUAAUCACCUAUGCUGUGGUGUGUGAUGCUCUCCCGCUUCCUGGAGGAGAGUCUAUUCGCUGUUACUCCCACUCUCCUCUUUUACUACAUCAAACAGGUCCUGCAGUAGACUGGUGGGCUCUUGGAGUUUGCCUGUUCGAAUUUCUGACAGGGAUUCCCCCAUUCAAUGAUGAAACACCACAACAAGUAUUCCAGAAUAUUUUAAAAAGAGAUAUCCCAUGGCCAGAAGGCGAAGAAAAGCUAUCUGAGAAUGCUCAAAGUGCAAUGGACAUGCUUUUAACCAUUGAUGAUUCAAAGAGAGCUGGAAUGAGAGAACUAAAACAGCAUCCUCUCUUCAGUGAAGUGGACUGGGAAAAUGUGCAGCAUCAGACUAUGCCUUUCGUACCCCAACCAGACGACGAAACAGACACAUCCUAUUUUGAAGCCAGAAAUAAUGCUCAACAUCUGACCAUAUCUGGGUUUAGUCUGUAGCACAUGCGUGUCAUUUUUACCUAACUUGUGAUAUAGAAUUAAGUUUUACAAUAAUAUGCUACUUCAUACUAGAUGGUCUAAAUGGGAUAAAAGUCAUUAUUUUACCCAGACUGAACAGCUUUUAAUUACUAAGUACAACAGUUUUUACAGAAUUAAAAUACUAUAAGCAAUAUAAUCAGUAAUUAAUCUUUACCUUAGAACCUUAUAUAAACCAUAAUAGCUUUUUCAUAUUAUUUAUUCACUGCACUUUAUGAAGAGCAAAGUAUCAAUAAACUAAAACACUACCACUCUAAAUAGAGGGAGUGAGCCAUAAGCUUAUCUUUAUCUGCUGAUUUUAAUGCUGUUCACUUGGGGGUUAAUAUCAAACAAAAAAGGACUAGUUCAUUUAAAUUGAAUUUAUUUGCACAUGGUUCCAUGCAAAGCUGUUCUUGGGGCUGUCAUAUGAGACAAACAGGUCUGAAAACCAUGUGAGCCAGACAUGAUGGUGGGGGUCCCCAGUUUUCAGGAGCAGAUGCAACACAGGAGUAUGUCUGCAACUUGAAGACUAAGGCCAGCCAGGACUAUAUUACUAAGCAGUAUGUCUCCGCAGGGU